UGUGGUAUUGUUUACUUCUUGCCCUUCUGGGUACAACAUUUGCUCAAAACUCAGGACCAAAGCAUGGACAGGAUAACUCUAUCUGUACAGUUUCACCUACUCCGCCUUUGGGAAUCGUAUCUAAAACCAUGCCUACAGUGUCAAGUCAAUUUUCUGCUCACAUUGAAUGUGUCAUAGUGAAUAAAAACAUGACAACUGAUUUACAUGAAUAUUACGAUGACACUAAUAACAGGGGAGCAGUCCAUCAACUCGAUCUUGGACUAGAACUGGAUGCUUGGUAUGAUUACAACACGAACGAGUUCAUUGCAUAUUAUAAACCUACACAGCAAUGUUUUGUACAAGCAUUAGGAACAUCAGAUCAGAGAUUUUUGUUUGGUUACACACCAAAAGGUGCUGUAGGAUCUAUAUUCUCUGCUGGGAAGAUGUUACACAUGAAUGGACCCGGGAUAAACCAGGUUUAUACGGGUGUACAAAGUUACCGAGGCAUUAUGGUUGACACUUGGCAGUCCUGUCAAUAUUGGGCUGCUUAUGAUGCAACAAUGAAAGUCUCGUGGUAUUUCACAAAUCCAAGUGAAUGGGACACCUCAGUAGGACAAGUUGUACCCGUAGGAGCAUACGUAAAAGGUAUUGUGUAUGAUACCCAAACAGUGUCACACCCCAUGGAACAUUACUACAACUUCUUCCACUUCAGACCAACUGUUGACGAUCCUACAGUCUUCGAAACCCCCGCGGGAGUGCAAUGUCCAGGGAGAAUAAACACAAAGCCUUUACCGACUAUGCCGAAUGGUUUUAGCUUCACAUCGGAAUUCAUAGACAAGACCAGAUAUACUAUCUCAUUCAUGCAGGAAUUUUAUGACUACAGCAGCCUGGCAGUGUUGUACAACUACAGACCACUCAAAAUAGAAAAUAACAGAUUUGGAACUAACACGCUCAUGGAGGUUCACGACUUCAAUACAGGAGUUGCAUAUGUUACCGAUACCAUGCAUGGCAACUGCACAGCCCAAAAAAUAGAGACUACGUUCGAUGACAGAAGGGUUGACUUAAGCCACGUGUCAAUGAGAAAUCCCGCUCAAUUCUUCUAUUUUGACGUCAUUAAUUAUACAUACGAAGGAGUGAAAAAGAUCCGGAACAUUGACUGUGACAGCUGGGUAGGAAUCCGUCCAAACUGGCCAGCAUCAGGUGUUAACACAACAUGGAUGUGGUAUUUUGCAACAUCUGAUUGGGUACAAGUAAACACAGGAACAGAACAAAGUGGUACACCUGUACGACUUACUAUUGAUAACGGUGAUGCUGGCAUACAUUAUGAGUAUAAUUUGUAUAAUUUUGCAAAGAACAAACCAGAUAUAUUGAACUUUGACAUUAGUGCGUGUUAUGUAAACAAUAAUAGACGAAAAUUCCAGCUGAAUUUCGCAGGUAGUUAUGCAGGUGCUGUCACACAAAAUAUGAAACUUUUCAAGUAUUAUGUACUUAUCUCGCUGACACAACAGUUACAAAUAUCAGCUCUACGAGUGGCAAACUUAAAGGUGUAUAUUGAUCAAGACAUCCUGGUUGUGUUCGAGCUAUUGGAUGUUGCUCCAAUUAAAGGAGAUGUUACCAAUAUUGUCCAGGAAACACCUCUACUUACAGCUGCAAAUGCAUUAGUCACAAUGGUCAACAACAAUAAGUUUUUCGUGUCAUUACAAGACCCAGCUUUCAAAAAUUUGGUUGGUAUGAUACCAAAAAAGACAGGAUUUGUAGAAAUAACAUACUUACUACAAAAUACUACAAGCUCCAGUGAUACCGGGAAUGGACCAGGUACUAUGGCAGCAGUUGGUGUAGUCAUGCCUAUUGUUGGUGGAGUUCUUGGGGGACUGUUCUCAUAUUUUUUCUUUAAAUGAACACAAUCUCAAAAUUAAAUGCAUGUAAUACUC